CAUCAUAUAAAUCCAUUCAGCGAAAAAUUGGCCACAUUAAAUUCAAAUAGUCAAAGUAGUCAAAAUAGUAACGAAUCAUCAUCAAAAGUGAAUAGAAAAAUUUCUAUUACAGAUCCACCACAACCAUCAUCACAACAGCAACAGCAAUCAAUAAUAAAGAAAAAUUCUACAAAUAACGGUGCAACAACGGUAUUGGGUAUAAAUAAAAAAAGAUUAUCAUUAUUUUCCAUAUCAUCAUUGACAAAAGAUCAUCAUACAUCGGAUAAAUCAACUAAACAACAACAACAGCAACAAACUACACAAUCAUCACAGAAUUCAACAUUUCGUCGUGGACCAUCACAAAAACAACAACAAUCAACAAUGAUGCAUAGUUCAAUUGAAAAAUAUGAAAAAAUAGCCAAAAUUGGUGAAGGUAGUUAUGGAAUUGUAUUCAAAUGUCGUAAUCGUGAUAAUGGCCAAUUGGUUGCUAUAAAAAAAUAUGUUGAAACUGAAGAUGAUCCAUUGAUAAAAAAAAUUGCAAUGCGUGAAAUUAAAAUGCUAAAGCAAUUAAAACAUCCAAAUCUAAUCAAUCUGAUUGAAGUAUUUCGCCGUAAACGUAAAUUACAUCUUGUAUUUGAAUAUUGUGAAUUGACUGUGUUGGAUAUAUUGGAAAAAUAUCCACGUGGUGUACCUGAAGCAAUGAUCAAACGUAUUAUGUGGCAAACAAUUAAUGCAGUGAAUUUUUGUCAUAAACAUAAUUGUAUUCAUCGUGAUGUAAAACCAGAAAACAUAUUGUUAACACGUGAAUGUGUGGUGAAAUUAUGUGAUUUUGGUUUUGCACGUACAUUGAUACCUGGAGAAAAUUAUACCGAUUAUGUUGCAACACGUUGGUAUCGUGCACCAGAAUUAUUAGUGGGUGAUACUAAUUAUGGUCCUGCUGUUGAUGUAUGGGCCAUUGGUUGUGUGGCUGCUGAACUGAUGCGUGGUGAAGCUCUAUGGCCCGGUAAAUCUGAUGUUGAUCAAUUGUAUUUGAUACGGAAAACAUUGGGUGAUUUACUUGCACGUCAUAUAACAAUAUUUCGUACAAAUGAAUUUUUUGCCGGUGUUUCCAUACCUGAACCAGAUACUAUUGAACCAUUAGAACAGAAAAUACCUAAACAUAUUGACCAAACUGGAUUGGAAUUUUUACGACGUACAUUGGAUAAAGAUCCAUCCAAACGAACUACAUGUGAACAAUUGCUUCAAUUUUCAUAUUUUAAUAAUGUUAAAAUACCUGAUUUAUCUAUGUAUACGACGGCGAUGACAACGAAUGUAAUCAAUAACAAUAAUAAUAAUCAUCAUACGGCUAAUAUAAAUUCAAAAUCCAAUACAAAACCAAUGGAUAUUCCAAUAACAACGAAACAAACAGCAGCAGCAGCAGCAGCAGCAACAACAACAACAACCUCUUCAUCAUCAUCAUCAACAAAUUCAACAUUUAAUCUACCACAAAUAUCAUUAAAAAUGAUGAAUAAUAAUGAUAAUGAUAAUUCUUUAUCAACAAUUCCACAGCGGCAUAUUGUAACGAAUAUUCAUAAUAAUAACAAUAAUAAUAGCAUCAUCAGUGGCAGCAGCAGUAGCAAUACAAUAAUGGUAAAUCCAACAACAGAAUAUUCUGGAAACAUUGUUGGUAGUAAUAUAACCAGAAGUAAAGUAUUUGAACAUUUACCAAAUAUUUCAUAA